AUGCUCAAAAUUGCCGAUAUCUUGUCCGAUCUUACUUCGCUCCGCGUUGGUGAUCCAACUGCUGCCAUGGAGCUGGUCCUGGCCCGGCCACCCAGCGACGUCGCAACCACGUCAAGUCAGCAGCUCAUAGCAAAGGCACAGAAUACUACCGACACAGAUGCUGAUCUCGCUCGCGCUCAAGAUCUGCUGGAUCUGCAUGCCAACGUGAAGCUCGCUCAUCGCGCGGGUCUCGACCAAUCCCUACUGGAAGCUCGUCAGCAGGUCAAGUUGGCUCUAGCAAGUGUCUGA